UGGAUACAUCCAUGGCUAACGUGAUGGGAUGAGGCUUAUAUGUACAGAUCAGUGGGUUAUGUAGCUAUAUUUCUAGCUGAGUGUCAAUGCUGGCAGUGUUUGUAGUGGCGCUUUCUGUUGACAUUCUUAGCUGUUUGCGAAAUGAGCUCAUUCGAAGGUCGCAUGAAAGAAUAUCCCACUAUUUCUCUAGACCGUUUCGAUCGGGAGAAUUUGCAUGCCAGAGCGUACUUCUUGUCUCAUUGUCAUAAAGAUCAUAUGAAAGGAUUGAAGGGACCAUUGAUAAAAAGGAAGUUAAAGUUCAGUUUAACUGUGAAAUUGUACUGUUCACCUGUGACUAAAGAGCUUUUGUUGAACAACCCAAAAUAUGGCUUCUGGGAAGAUCACAUUGUUGCCAUUGAGGUGGACAGUCCAACUCAAAUCUCAUUGGUUGACGAAGCCUCGGGGAAGAAAGAAGACGUAGUGGUGACGCUGCUUCCAGCAGGCCACUGCCCGGGAUCAGUCAUGUUCCUUAUUGAGGGCAAUCAGGGGACAGUGCUGUACACAGGGGAUUUCAGACUGGCAAGAGGAGAGGUGUCCCGCAUGGAGUUCUUACACUCAGGGGGCAGGGUGAAAGACAUUCAGAGUGUGUAUUUGGACACAACAUUCUGCGACCCCAGUUUCUUCCAGAUCCCUAGCAGGGAGGUCUGUUUGAGUGGGAUAAUUGAGCUGGUACGAGACUGGAUCUCCCUCAGCCCGUACCAUGUGGUUUGGUUGAACUGCAAAGCGGCAUACGGCUAUGAGUACCUCUUCACUAACCUCAGCGAAGAGUUCGGCCGGCAGAUCCAUGUGAACAGCCUGGCCAUGUUCAAAAAGAUGCCUGAGAUCCUGUGUCAUAUGACCACCGACAGAGUGACGCAGAUCCAUGCCUGUAGACAUCCCAAGGAUGAAGAGUUUUUCAAGGGCAGCAGAUUGCCAUGUGGGUCCACGGCCCCGGAUGGGACCCCUCUGCGCAUCAUCAGCAUCAAGCCCUCCACCAUGUGGUUCGGAGAGAGGACGCGGCAAACUAAAGUCGUCGUCAAGACAGGAAGCAGUUCCUAUAGAGCCUGUUUCUCCUUUCACUCUUCAUACUCUGAGAUAAAAGAUUUUCUGUCCUACGUCUGCCCUGUGAAUAUAUACCCAAACGUUAUUCCACUUGGCAGAACAAUAGAAGAUGUUGUGGAAAUAUUGAAGCCCAUGUGUAGAGAACAUUCCAGAAGGGGACAGAUCAUCUACAAACCACUGGGGACUCUCAAAAGGCCAAAAGUGCAAUGCGUAUCAGUAGAUUCCGAUACUGAGGAUGAGCUGUUUGAUGAGGAAGUGGUGACUCCCUGGAGGAGGAAAGUGCCAGAGAAAUGGCAGCCUCAAGCCGCCAAGCUACCAAGCCCAGAGAAGAAACCGCCCCCUAGUGGCUGCCAGGAGGACUAUCACCUAGAGCCGCACACAGCUCGGCAGAAUGGAAACUACAUGGACUGCACAGAAUCGAACGAUGAUGAAGAGGAGGAGGAGGAUGAAGAGGAACCCACACAGUUGCAGGAGGCCAGAGUCAAGUUCUCCGGUGACCAAGUCACCAAAUCCAGCAAGGACCAAGAGUCACCCAGCAGCACCAAGAGGGAGACAGCUGAAAGAAGCGAGGAUCACCAAGAGGAAAUGAGCGUCGCCAGCACCAAGUCUGAGCCGCCCAGGUGGGAGGCGUUCUUCACUGACCCCGUGCUCACAGAUGAGGGGUCUGAGAUGGAGAGCAGCCAGAACAGCCUGGCGCGGUCGUCGGAGGUGUUAGGGUCCCCGAUCCUGUUCAGCGAUAUGGACGAUGACGACUCCACCCACAUCUCCUCCCAGUCUACCCACAUCUCGGACCCGGGCAGCGAAAGUCUGAGCCAGGUGGACACCAUCCUGCUGCCUCUGCAGGAGAAGAGGGCGGAGCUGCUGAAGAGCCAGCAGAGGGAUGCCUGCAGGUCUUGCCAUGAAAGAGACCACGGGGAACAGGGGACAGACAUGGGCGGUGCUGAUGGCGGAAAUGGCCACCUACCCCUUCCCUCCGAGGAGAAGUCGGAGUCUCAAAUAUCCUCGGAUUUCGAGAUACCCUCGACGCCCGACUCGCAAGUCCCCAAAACCGAGGAUCUGAAGGAGCUGUAUAGGAAACUUGCUGCUGGAGAAGCUGUGCUUCUCAAGAGGAGCAGUCAGGGAACAGUGUGAACGGUGUGCUUCUCAAAUGAAUAAUCUGUAUUUACCUCAAGUGUGACAUGUUAUAGUAACUUAAGGCACAAGUGGCAUCCAGGACACCGUUUCGGCCUAAAUGUUCACGUCUGUACGUCCUCAGUGCAGAAAUCUGUGUCUCUUCUCUUACAGGCACUUUUGUGGACACCUAAAGCAUUCCACACAGAACAGGGGUACUAAUAAGAGGACAUUUCAAUUCUUUCAGGAGUUAGUCUGUAAAGUGUGCCAAAUAGUAUAUGGCCUUAACAAGGUUUAUUUAUAAAUGCCUGGUACAUCCAACCAAAAACUCUGCCUAUGUUUCUUCUUAGGUAACCAGUAGGCAUCUCUUAAGUAAAAAUGUUUAGUAUCCUGCAGCCCUAUAUCCUCUUCACCAAAACAUUUCAUUCCAUGUUGCUACUUUGCUUGAAACUUUAUACUGAGAUACUUUACCGUGUGCCUUGACUGGAAAAUG